AUGGUGAAGCUUAUACAAAAGUUUCAGACCAAAAAUCGAUUUUCAAGAAUAAUAGCCCCAUUUUCACUGUACAAUCACAAGGGGUUUACUCCUGGGAGUCUAUCGUACAAAAAGCUUCCUGGACAGCUACGUCAGAUUUCUAUUCUCAAAUUGGAUGGCUCUUCUUUUAGCAUUCACGUAUCAAAGAAUGCUACUGUGGGCAGUCUAGAAUUGGCAGUGGAGGAAUUUUAUGGCGUUUUACCUGAGGAUGAAGGCAACAUUUUAUGGUCACUUAUAUGGAGCCACUUCUGUUUGUGCUACAAGGGUCAAAAGCUAAUCAAUGAGAAAGCUUGCCUUCAAAGUUAUGGGAUCGAAGAUGGUGAUGUGCUUGGUUUUAGCCGGCAUAUGAGGAUUGACCACAAACUUGCUCGACACCAAUCUGAAAACCACUUUGUUGUAUCUGAACAGCGCACACUAUCAUAUGCUUGCGAUGCAAGAGCUAAUGGAUAUGUUAGCAUUGAAGAUCAAGAGAGAGACGGGAACUACUUCAUCUAUGAAGACGACUUGGCCUUUCCUCAAGAAAAAUUCAAUUUAUCACACUUUUUGAAACAAUGGUUAUCAUGUUCGAAAUUACGCAGUUUGAAAAGAGGUAGAGGUACACAUCGACUUAGAUGA